ACUCGAAGAUAUUUCACAGCACCGGUGCAACACUCUGGGAAACACUAUUAGUAUAACACAAGUGUGCAUAUGAGACUGAACUACGUCCUCUCAUGUUGAUCAGUGGGAUGUUUUAAUUUAUAUUAUCACAGGUAUAUGCCAAAUAAUGCACUGUUUUGUCUGCAAAAGUGGUCGCAGAGCUAAUGUCGUAAUGAACUAGGCUACAUCCAGAUGGGCUUAUCACAGAUUUUCCUUUCUUUCUUUUUUUCCCUUUUUUUUUUUGGAAUCGCAGAAUCAGUUGACACAAAUUGUUUAGAAUAGUGACAUAUUGGAAUUCAUAGACAACCAGUUCCCUAUACAAGCGACGGCCGAGCCAAUCAGAGGGGCGUUUUAGAACUGAUGGGGAUCAUGCCAUAUUUCCACGGAAGAAGCAGAGAAAACGGCUAACACUGCAAUAGUGUCCAAGCGGUUUAUGCCUCCUCACUCCAACCUUCCUCACUUGUCUGCAAGGAGAGAGAGGAAUACAGAGACAGACCUAACAUUGGAGCCCUUACAAUAAGGCCACACAAAGCAUCGCGGUCUCCUUGGAAACAGAAAGAGUAGCAUUUGAAGCUGCUCAUCUUUCACAGAACUGCGUCUCUCCAAUGAUGCUGCUUUCCACUUAAACCACCAGCAUUUCUGAUCUCUCUGUCCGUUUCAGCUUUCGCAUUGCCAUCUUCCCCAUAUCCGUAUUACUUUUUACCCACUACUCACUGCUACAAACCCCUUCCAGUCAACAUUCACUUCUCUUGUUAUAUCUUUCCCUCUGAAUUUGUCAUUGUGUUCUUCACUUCACUGUCCUGUUGACACAAUGGAGUUCCCCCAGCAUAGCCGGCAGCUCCUGGCUAGCCUGCGGGCGCAGCGCCUGCAGGGGUUCCUCUGCGACUGCACCGUGCAGGUUGGGUCCAGCCGCUUCCUGGCCCACCGGGCCGUCCUGGCCUCCUGCUCGCCCUUCUUUCACAUGUUCUUCUCUGAGCAGCCACUGGGCAAGACCGAAACGGUUGCCAUCAAUGGGGAGAUUGUGACGCCAAUGGCCUUCGGGCUGCUCUUGGACUUCAUGUAUGAGGGGACUCUUAGGCUUGUUACCCAGCCCCCGCCAGAGGAUGUGCUGGCUGCCGCAAGCUUCUUGCACAUGAACGACAUCGUGAGGGUGUGUAAAAAGAGACUGCAUGGUCGUGGGUUGGCGGAGGCAGACAGUACCAAAGCAGAGGAAGAGUGCAUGAUGGUGGGAGAUGGUGGUUGUGGAACAGGGGUGCUGCUCAGAGGGGUAGGGGAGAACUCUGGCCGAGAUGGGAUUGAAGCAAUGACAGGAGCUGCAAAAAUACCCACCAUCCAGUAUUCUCACCUUCAUCAGUUCGCCCCUCCUGAAAAGGCAAAACAACUGCAAGAAGAGCUCACUAAUUCCAAUCCUGACAGAUUCACUGGUUCGACCAGUGCUGAUGUGGCUGACACCACCCAACCAGGGAUGGACUCUCUCCUUACAGGGGAUACUGGAGCAGCCAGGGUUGGGUCUGGUUGUGCUGUAGUCCAUCCAAGACCUCACAGCCAGGGGGAGUCUACCUUGGGUAGUCCCUGCAGUUCCACAGAAGUGGUAUCCAAUAACCACCCCUCAUCCUCAUCUUCCUCAUCCUCCUUUGGAAGAUUGCUAAACCCUGUCUUAAAUUCUGAGACACAAACAGUGACAAUUACCUCUAUCUCAUUAACACACACAAGAAAAAGUAACUGUACCAGUCCAGUUCAGGCCAGCUUGGUGAUUUCCAGUGAGGAUGCCAUGAUGCUAACACAGGGGACUCUGCCAGCCCAGACUCCAGAAACUAUUCUCAUUCAGCCAAAAACCAACAGGCCCAAUAGCCCUCUACCUCACCCUCAGCCUUUGGCAGUGUCCCCCGAGCCUCACACCCCGAACGAGGUCCAGCCUGAGGAGCUUGUUUUAGGAUUAGGGAAAGAGGCAAAGAGCCCUGUUGAAAAUAUAGAUUCACAUAAUUUGGCAGGGGAAUCAACAGUUUGGAAAGGAACUGAGGGAGAAGAAGAUAACGACAAUGGAGUGAAGGUGAAGGUUGAGGCCAUCAUCAUUUCAGAUGAAGAGCUGGAUGACAUGGAAGGGAUGUUAGUUAGAGAGAGAGAGCAAGAGAGUGAAAGAGGGGAAAGUUGUGAGUUUGAUGACAAAGACAAUCGAGAUGAAGAUAUGAACAGUGCUCAGUUUCUGCACGCCCACCAACUCCAUCUCUCACACCAUCAGGAGGUCCUCCCCUUCCCCCUCUCCCCCCAGGGCUCCAAUCCUACCACAUCUGCCUCCACUUCUCCAACUUUCCCCCCGAGCCUCUUCACAUCCACCUCUCACCACAUCCCCUCACAAGAGUCCCACCAACAGCCCAUAUAUCUCCAGGACUUCCAGGACUCUCUGGGGUCCUACGUGGAAGAUGUCCCAACCUGUGCCACCUGUGGGAAGACCUUCUCCUGUGCCUACACCCUGAGGCGUCAUGCUAUUGUCCACACACGAGAGCGACCAUAUGAAUGCCGUUACUGCUACCGCAGCUACACCCAGUCUGGGGACCUGUACCGACACAUUCGCAAAGCCCAUGACCAUAGCCUGCCUGCCAAACAAAGCAGGCCAGACACUGAGCCACCCCCACAAAGCUAAGGGGGUCAUUGGAGAGCAGGUCACUGAGAUAAAUAUGUUGAAAUGGAAGGACAGGGAUGGAAAAAGGAGGGACAGUUCAGAGAAGCAUGAAUUUAAGGAUAAUAAGGUUUUUUUAUUGUAGUUGAUUCAAGUUUUUGUAAACGCUGAUCUAAUUUACUGUUCUUCUAGUGCCAUUAUGUUGCCUUCAUAUUAGUGUGUCUCCCAAAAAGUACACACAUGUACAAACUGUAAAAGUCUAAGGACUUAAAAUGUAAUUCUAUGAGACUUUUGUUGUUGGUAGUGAGUGGAACUUAAACAAAUUUAGUCUUGCAUGUACAGCAUAAGACACAAAGUGGUCAUGCGGAGUGUACAUAUUAUGUCAGCAGCAUUUAAUUCACAAUGUGCUGUAACUUUUGUUGGACUCAAUAAGUUGCAAAUAUACCAUAUGCUAUUAUGAGAUGCUGUUUCUCUUGUAAUAUAACUCUUUAUAAUUUAUCUUAGCUUCUCUGUGAUCAGACAGCUGUAUUGUUCCAUUGUUGUGAGUAAAAUCAGUUGAAACUGCUUGUUAGGUCACAAUUUCAAAACAACUGGUCAAGCACAAUAUAACUUACUCAAAAUGAAGGAGAUAAGAACAGUCUAUUUCUUUAGAACAGAGAUCCCUAAAUUAUGGCCCACAACUGACCUGCUUUAUUUUUAUGAAUGGCCCAGCACUGGAGCUGAAAUAAUCUACAAAAUUAUUAGACAUUGCAUAUAUAGCUAGUUUUUGGGCAAUUGAAUAGAUGAUUCAUCAGCAAGCAGCCAAUAACAUCAAUAUAUAAAAUCAUUAUUGAUUGAUGAUUUCUCCCUUUAGCCAUGUGCAAUAUUGUAAGUAUUUGUUGGUGAAAUAUUUGGGGACCCCUGCUUUAGAGUUAUAGUUAGAGUUAAAUAUAGUUUUUGUUUGAAUUAGUUGCAGUGUCAUCAAAAUAAAAUAUAUUUUUUUGUUUUUUUACCA